AUGGAGCCCCUGGGAGGACGGGUCCCGGCGCUGGAGCAGCCGCAGGUCCCCACGGAGGCGCGACAGCCUGGGAGUCCCGAAAGCAGCCCGAGGCUGGCCGAGACGGUGAAGGAGCCGGCGGGCGCGGGCCCGGACCCCUCGUGCGAGAAGCUACCGCCCGCGCCUCGCCCCGCGCGCCUGCGGCCGUCGCCGCUCAACCUGGGCUACGGCGCCUUCCGUCGCCCCGGGUCCGGGCGCGCGGGCUCCCCGGGCUCCCCCACAUGCCGCUGCCGCUGCCAGGAGCUGCAGCAGGAGGAGGACGCAGCGCCGCUGCACCGCGCGGGUGUGGACGGCGACCAGAAACUGCCCCGGGCUACAGCGCUCAUAGGGCUGCCCAUGUACAUGAAGUCCCUGCACUGGGCCCUGGCAGUCAUGGCUGUGCUCCUGGCAAUCUCCGCGGUGGCCAUUGUGGCCCUGGCCUCUAGAGCAGGGGCCAGGUGCCAGCCAUGCCCCCCGGGCUGGAUGUGGGCCGAGGAGCACUGCUACUACUUCUCUGCAGAGGCGCAGGCCUGGGAGGCCAGCCAGGCUUUCUGCUCAGCCCAGGGGGCUACCCUCCCCCUGCUGGACCACACCCAGGGACUCCUGAUUAGAUAUGCAGUCACCAAGGACUCCUGGAUGGGGGUCCAGCGAGGCCAGCAGGGCUGGCACUGGAUUGAUGGGACCCCUCUGCCACCGCAGCUAUUCCCAGAAGAUGAAGACAACCCCAAUCUCAACUGCGGGGGCCUGGAGGAAGGCAAGCUUGUGGCUUUGGACUGUAGCUCUCCAAGACCCUGGGUCUGUGCCAAGGAGACUGAGUGA